GCCCACUAGCUGCGCAAAGUGCAAACAUGGUUGUCUGUUGCAAAGCUAUGCUGCUGCGGGCGCGUGAUGUCUUUUUCGUGUAGUGGUUUCGUUGUAAGGGGAGAAACGUCUACGUUUUCUUCGUCAGAUGUAGAUUAGCCUGCACAGACGCUUCGCGAGUGCGUGUAAAUGGCCUCCGACAGUGACGACUCGGAGGAAUUCUUCGAUGCCGUCUCAAGUCCGAUUCGGUCUACCGAAAACAAGGAUGCUGCCGAGCAAGAUGGCAAGCGUUCCUCGCAGGCAGAAAUGGAAAAGGCAGUUGAGGAGGCAAGCCGCAAAGCCCAGGAGGCUGAGCGGCGGCAGCAGCAGAUUGAGGAGAUGCGGCGCCGUAUGCUGUACGAGGACGAGGAACCGGGAUUCUCUUCAGAGCAGAGCUCUGCCGAAGGGCUUUACCUACAGCAACAUGAUCGUGUGCUCGCAGAGGACUACAGGGGUGCCGAGCCGGACCUGGUAGCCAGCACCAAGGAGGGUCCCCAGCCGCCCCCACGUCGUCGUCGGGGGCAGGCCUCCAGUACCAGCGGAAGCGGCGAUGCAACUCCACGUGGCUUGCCACGCAGUCCUGCGCCAUCUAUCGCGGAGUUCUCGAUGGACCUGCCAAGUGCAUGCAGGGGGCAAUAUGUCGUCAAGCCCCAGGAUGAUGAACGCGACCGUGGGAACCCACGGAGUCCAGAGUCACGUGUAGAAGGAAGCCUGCGCCAACUGAACAUAAUGAUGCGCACCCGCUCCGAUUCUGGCCGGCCACUCACCGACAAGGAAAUCCUUGACCAAGUGGAGGUGCUUAAUUUGGACACGGGCGAGAAAGUGCCCCUGAGUGUGGCCGAGGAGCGCCUUCCACGCUGUCUCAACCCACUGGCCCUGCACAUCAUGCGCAUCACGUCCGAGUACGUCGGGCAUUCGGAUGUGGGCCCUGCCUCGGACGAGGAGAGCCCUAGACCACCGGGUGACUCCACGGAUAGUCUUCGCCGCAGAGCGGGCCGUCUAACGAGAAUGCUUGGCCGGAAAGUGGGCCAGAAGGUGGGUCAGACGGUGACCCGAAUCAAGUCUGCAGCUGAUGAAAGGCUUCGACCAAGUGAAGAAGAAGGAAGUGAGGAGGAAACACUCAAGGUCAAGACCAGCCACCGGAACCCGCCCGAGUUUGACUCUGUUCGUCUUGUCCAGGAAAUCGCCAAUGUGCACACGGGUGCUGUGUGGACCAUGAAGUUUUCAGCUUGCGGACGCCUGCUGGCAACGGCUGGCCAGGACACCAUCCUGCGCAUUUGGGUCCUGAAGAGCGCCUUCCAGCUCUUCGAUGACAUGCGCAACAAGUACAGGCAGGAAACUACCAAGAAUGAGAGCACAGAAACAGCGGAUCCACCACCAGAAGAAGAGGAAGAAGGACCUUUCCGUUCCUUUUGCAAGUAUGCGGGACACACAGCCGACCUUUUGGACGUGUCAUGGUCACGGAACAACUUCAUCUUGUCAUCGUCCAUGGACAAGACUGUGAGGUUAUGGCACAUCAGUAGUCGCGACUGCCUGUGCUGCUUUCAGCAUGUUGACUUUGUCACGGCCAUUGCUUUCCACCCCCGGGACGACCGCUACUUUUUGAGUGGUUCCCUCGAUGGCAAGCUUAGACUUUGGAACAUUCCAGACAAGAAAGUUGCCCUCUGGAACGAGCUGGACGGCCAGACCAAGCUUAUAACGGCUGCCAACUUUUGCCAGAAGGGCAAGUUUGCCGUGGUCGGCUCCUACGAUGGGCGGUGCAUCUUUUAUAAUACGGAGCAGCUCAAGUACUACACCCAGAUUCACGUACGCUCGACGCGAGGAAAGAAUUCUCAGGGCCGCAAGAUCACUGGUAUUGAGCCCAUGCCCGGAGAAGACAAGAUUCUUGUGACCUCAAAUGACUCGCGCAUUCGUCUAUACGAUCUGCGGGACCUGUCGCUCUCGUGCAAGUACAAGGGAUACGUCAACCUCAGUAGUCAAAUCAAAGGGUCCUUCAGCCACGAUGGGAGGUACGUCAUCAGUGGCUCCGAGAACCAAUUUAUCUACAUCUGGAAAACCUACCACGACUACAAGUUUUCAUCAGCACGGCGGGACCGGAACACUUAUUGGGAAAGCAUAAAAGCUCACAAUGCUGUGGUGACGGCAGCAGUGUUUGCACCCAACCCAGACCUAGUUCUACAACAGCUAGACGAGAAAGAAACCACGGCGGCCCCAGAGAGUCCCGCUACGGGCAAUUAUGUGAUUAUCAGUGCGGACUUUGGUGGAACCAUCAAGGUGUUUGCUAGGCGCAGCCGUCCUAGGGCCAGCCUCCAUUGAGACAAAGAUAUAGGAGGGAGGCUUGUGUGAAUAAAAUGCAUGUUUUCACUUGUA